AUGUCCACUUUAUUCAACCUGAAAGGUAAUCAAUCCCGAACUUUCAAACCUAAGAAAGUACCAGAGGGGACGAAGCAGUGGCAAUUGAAGCAAUAUGCUCAACAGACUUUGGGCUCAGGCAACCUCCGAACAGCAGUGCAAUUACCAGAAGGUGAAGACUUGCAAGAAUGGAUAGCUGUUCAUGUGGUCGAUUUCUUCAAUCACGUUAAUAUGUUGUACGGUACCAUAUCUGAAUUCUGCACACCUACCGAGUGCCCGAUCAUGAAUGCUGGUCCAAAGUACGAAUAUUUCUGGGAAGAUGGGGAGAAUUAUAAAAAACCGACUCAUCUUUCCGCACCAGCAUACGUCGAAGCGUUGAUGACAUGGACUCAAUCGAUUUUAGAUGAUGAGAAACAUUUCCCUCAACAGAUUGGGAAAAGGUUCCCACCAACUUUUAUGAACACUGCCAAAACCAUCUUGAGGAGACUGUUCAGGGUGUAUGCACAUAUCUAUCAUAGUCAUUUCGAUCAGGUUUGCGCUUUGGGUAUUGAAGCUCACUUGAAUACGAACUAUAGACAUUUCUUAUUAUUUGUUGAUGAGUUCCAACUUCUCUCUGAAAAAGAUUUGAUACCAUUGGAGGAGUUCAAUAAGACAAUUUUGGAUGAAACUGGACGUCGUUAG